GCAUUCGCGGAGCGGGCAAACGCGAUCCAGCAAUUGUCAUAGAGAUCAGUGAGUUGGACCAUGUGGACGAAGUCCCACUCAAAUUUCCUUUGCUUGUGUGCUUUCCAAAAACGAUGCACUCUUCUUCUAGCCCCAAAAAAGCACCACUGUGCAACACGGCCUGUAACAAAGCUGCCGAAAGAUGUCUCUGGUGUGUUCCCGGCAAUCUACAACUCUGAACUGGUGGAGUCCGGCUGGUUUGAGUGGUGGGAACAGAGCGGACUCUUCCGGCCAGAAAACGCCCAGGAGGCAACCAGCGGGUCCUUCAGCAUGGUGCUCCCUCCACCCAACAUCACAGGGGACCUGCACUUGGGCCAUGCCCUCACGGUGGCCAUACAGGACACGCUUGUGCGCUGGCACCGCAUGCAGCAGCGGAAGGUGGUGUGGGUGCCCGGCUGUGACCACGCGGGCAUUGCCACCCAGUCGGUGCUGGAGAAGAGGGCCUGGGCACAGGGCGGGCUCACCAGGCACCAGAUGGGGCGCACGGCGUUCCUUCAAGAGGCCCAAGCCUGGAGGAGGAGCAAGGAAGCCAACAUUCUGAGGCAGCUUAGGCGUCUGGGGGCUUCUCUGGAUUACACUAGAAGCACCUUCACCAUGGAUGAGUCGAUGAGCCACGCAGUGAAGUGGGCGUUCUGUCGCCUGUUUGACGACGGCCUAGUGUACAGGGAGAAGAGGAUGGUCAACUGGUGCUGCUGGCUGCAGUCAGCCAUCUCUGACAGUGAGGUGAAGCAUGUGCAAGUGUCCCCAGGAACUCUGCUUAGGGUGCCCGGCUGUCCAGAGGCUGUAGAAGUUGGCUACCUGGACAGGCUGGCCUUUCCUGUUGGAGACACAGAGGUGGAGGUGUGCACCACCCGGCCAGAGACUAUGUUGGCUGACACCGCUCUAGCCGUGCAUCCUGAGGACAACCGCUACCGGCACCUGAUCGGUCGCAUGGCUUGCCACCCGAUCACGGGGACAUCUUUGCCGAUCAUUGCCAACUCUCAAGUGGACAGGGCCUUCGGCACAGGAGCCAUGAAAGUGACCCCUGGCUACAGCAGGGUGGACCACCAGCUUGCCAAGGAGCACGGCCUCCCCGUGGUGGAGUGCUUUGACGACCAGGGCCGGGUGGUGGAGGGGCACGGUACCUUCUCUGGACUUUCGGGGAUGGAGGCCAAGGCAGCGGUGUUGGCCCUGCUCAAGGAGAAGGGCCUGUACAGGGGCAGGGUGGGACACGAGUCCACGGUGCCCGUCUGCAGCCGAACGGGCGACCUCAUCGACGUCCGGCUCAAGCCACAGUUCUUCCUCGACUUCUCCAAACUUGCUCGGCAAGCCCUAGCAUGCAUGGAGGAGGGGCAUCUCAGCAUUACCCCGGCCUACUGGAGAAAGGCUUGGAGCGAGUGGCUCUCGAAACCAGAGGAUUGGUGCAUAUCGCGGCAGCUCUGGUGGGGUCAUCGUAUCCCGGCCUACAGGGUUCUCAAUGCAGAGGAGGAGACUUGGGUCAGCGGAAUGACAGAAGAGGAGGCGGCUAGCAAGGCCGCGGCACGGUUGGGAAUCUCUCGAGAGGACGUUUGCCUGAAACAAGACGAGGACGUCUUGGACACGUGGUUUUCCUCGGCCUUGUUUCCUCUGGCAGUUUCUGGCUGGCCGGAGAAGCCCCUGCCCAGCUGGUUCCCGCUCUCGCUGAUGGAGACCGGCCACGACAUCCUGUUCUUCUGGGUGGCUCGCAUGGUGGCCCUUACCCUACAGCUCACCGGGAAGCUGCCCUUCCACAAGGUGAUGCUCCAUGGCAUGAUCCGAGACUCCGAGGGCCGCAAGAUGUCCAAGUCUCUGGGCAACGUAAUCGACCCUCUCGACGUCGUCCACGGCAAGUCCCUGGAGGAACUGGAGGAGAGCACCCGGGAGCUGCAGAGGCAAGGCUACAUUGGGCCGGAGGAACUGGCCACGGCCCUGAGGUGCCAGCGGCAGGCGUUCCCCUCCGGCAUCGAGAAGUGCGGCAGCGAUGCCCUCAGACUGGCCUUGCUCUCUUAUGACGUCCAGGCGGAGACCAUCAGUUUCCAGAUGAAGGAUGCUGUUCGCUGGCUUCACUUUUGCAACAAGCUCUGGCAGGCGACGCGCUUCUUUGUCUCAGCAGCUGACAAACUGGGGCAGAGGCCUCAAUUGGCUUCGCUCCUUUCGGUGGAGCUGGAACUGAUGGACCGCUGGAUCCUGAGCCGUCUCUCGUUUUUGGUGGAGGCGAGCCAGGCGCACCUGUCCAACGGGGACCUGCACCUGUUCACUUCUGCAGUGCAGGCGUUCGUUGUACAGCACCUGUGCGACGUCUACCUGGAGAGCAUCAAGCCUGCAGUGUGGGGAAACAGCACCGAAGACAUCUCACGCGUGUGCAGCGUCCUCCACGCCGUGCUAGACGUCACGCUGAAGACGCUGUCUCCCGCCGCCCCUUUUCUCACCGAAGAGCUCUACCAGCGCCUGGCAUUGAGGUUUGGUGGCUGCGCGGCACCCAGCAUUUGCGUCGCCCCUUACCCGACCAGGGACCAGUGGGACCAGUGGCGUAACGAAGACCUCGAGAGGCAGGUGCGGUUGGCCCUGGAAGUGGUGACCACUCUGAGGAACGUCCGACUCUCCUGUGGCAUCAAGGAGCCCUCCGCGCACGUGGCAGUGGAACCAAGAGAUGCCGGCUUCCUGCACGACCUGGCCCCCAUCGUGCGUCAGCUGGCGAGGGUACGGGAGUUCAGGGUGGUGCACAGGGGCACCGCGGGACCGCCCGUCGGGGAAGGGUGGACACCGGCACCCGUGGGCUCGUGGGCCGACGUCUUCGUGGAGACCGACGUUGCUGUAGUGCAGAAGGCGGUGCAGGAACGCCUCCAGAGGCUAACAGUGAAACUGCAUAAAAUGGAACAGCGGAGAGCCCAUCCAAAGUAUACGCGUUCCAGAACGGUCAAGGAGCAGGAGAGAGACCAUCAAAAGAUUCUGGAUUUAAAAAGUGAAAUAGAACGGUUGAAAGCCACGUAUCCCUGCCAUACACACUUGGAGUUUUAUUUAACGUCAGAUUAAUAAGCCACAUAUAGUCCUUUCAAUCCUUCUAUUCUCGGGGACAACUUUCAUGAGACAGGUCAACAACAACGAAAACCUUUUUGGCUGCCUCAACGAUGCAUACAUGUAAAAUGGAUCAUGCAACAAUUUUUUGUACUUUCAGUAAAUGCAGCUAAGAGCUAAUCCCUGACGUUGAUAGCUUGAAAAACACCCAUUAGUUUUCUCUUCGCUCAAUGGGAGACGCAAAAAAAAAUAAAAGAAAGAAAUCUUUUUCCUCUUCAACUCUCUAUUAGAACAAGCGGCGAUGUGAUAUGACGCUAAUUGUAUACAGCCGGUGUUAGAGUUCAGCUCUUCUCAUCUUUGAUUGAACACAAAACAACACGAAUGUUUGGUGACGCUGGUUGUCAAGAACUCGAGCACUUCACAGGGGCUCAUGACAGUCGAGUACGUCACGAUGUCACAUGACUCGCACUGAAAAGUCGUGAUGGCAUGUGACAUCACAGUGUAAACAACGCAAUUGCGUCAGCGUCCGUCUGUGUAUCUGCUUCAGAUUGAGAUGGCAUUUCUGGAAGAAUCGCUCUGAAUGUGGCGAUUGAAUGUGAUGUGGUUUGGGCAAUGUGUAUAUAUAUAGGUGACA